CACCAACGGCGGGUCAUCGUUGGAGCUGCAGUGAAUGAAUUUAUGUCAAUGAAACUUUAUCCGUCUGAAAUCAGAACCAUCUUAUUUAAAAAGCCGAUUUGAGCCGGGGUAAGUGCUCUGUCUGCAACCCCUGAAGCCACAGAAAGAAAGGGAGCCAUGUUUUUGUACAACAUCACCCUGCAGCGUGCCACUGGCAUCACCCACGCCAUCCAUGGAAACUUCUCAGGAACCAAGAUGCAGGAGAUCGUCGUCUCCAGGGGGAAAAUCUUGGAGUUACUUCGACCUGAUGCCAACACGGGGAAGGUGCACACUCUGCUCACAGUGGAGGUUUUUGGCAUCGUAAGAUCUCUGAUGGCCUUCAGACUCACUGGAGGAACCAAAGAUUACAUUGUUGUUGGAAGUGACAGCGGCCGCAUCGUCAUCCUGGAAUAUCAUCCAUCAAAAAACAUGUUUGAGAAGAUCCACCAGGAAACAUUUGGGAAGAGCGGCUGUCGGCGCAUCGUCCCCGGACAGUUCCUGGCUGUGGACCCUAAAGGCAGAGCUGUCAUGAUCGGAGCGAUAGAGAAACAGAAGUUGGUUUAUAUUCUGAACAGAGACGCAGCUGCAAGACUGACCAUCUCCUCUCCUCUGGAAGCCCACAAAGCGAACACACUGGUCUACCACGUAGUAGGAGUGGAUGUGGGCUUUGAAAAUCCCAUGUUUGCCUGCCUUGAAAUGGACUACGAGGAAGCUGACAAUGACCCGACAGGAGAAGCAGCCGCUAACACACAGCAGACGCUCACCUUUUACGAGCUGGACCUCGGCUUGAAUCAUGUGGUCCGCAAGUACAGCGAGGCCUUGGAAGAGCACGGAAAUUUCCUCAUCACUGUUCCUGGUGGGUCAGACGGGCCCAGCGGAGUUCUGAUCUGCUCCGAAAACUACAUCACUUACAAGAAUUUCGGAGACCAGCCUGACAUUCGCUGUCCCAUCCCACGACGCAGGAAUGACCUGGAUGACCCCGAGCGUGGCAUGAUAUUCGUCUGCUCAGCCACCCACAAAACCAAGUCCAUGUUCUUCUUCCUGGCCCAGACUGAGCAGGGAGACAUCUUUAAGGUUACCCUGGAAACAGAUGAAGAAAUGGUCACGGAAAUUCGGCUGAAGUACUUUGACACGAUCCCCGUGGCGACGGCCAUGUGUGUCCUGAAGACCGGCUUCCUGUUUGUGUCGUCAGAGUUUGGAAACCAUUACCUGUAUCAGAUCGCUCACCUGGGUGAUGACGACGACGAGCCCGAGUUCUCCUCUGCAAUGCCGUUAGAAGAGGGGGACACCUUCUUCUUCCAACCCCGCCCCCUCAAGAACCUGGUGCUGGUGGACGAACAGGAGAACUUAUCGCCCAUCAUGUCCUGCCAGAUUGCUGAUUUGGCCAAUGAAGAUACACCUCAGCUGUACGUGGCCUGUGGGCGAGGGCCCAGGUCUACUUUGAGAGUCCUUAGACACGGAUUGGAGGUUUCAGAGAUGGCCGUCUCCGAGCUGCCCGGUAACCCCAACGCUGUGUGGACAGUCCGCAGACAUGUGGAAGAUGAGUUCGACGCCUACAUCAUCGUGUCUUUCGUCAACGCUACUCUGGUCCUGUCCAUCGGAGAGACUGUAGAAGAAGUGACAGAUUCUGGUUUCUUGGGAACAACGCCCACUCUCUCCUGCUCACUGCUUGGUGAAGACGCCCUGGUUCAGGUAUACCCAGACGGAAUCCGCCACAUCAGAGCCGACAAGCGUGUUAAUGAGUGGAAGACUCCCGGCAAAAAGACAAUCGUCCGCUGCGCUGUGAAUCAGCGGCAAGUGGUUAUCGCCCUCACUGGAGGGGAGCUGGUUUACUUUGAGAUGGACCCGUCUGGCCAGCUCAAUGAGUACACCGAGCGGAAGGAGAUGUCAGCCGAUGUGGUGUGUAUGAGCCUGGCUAACGUUCCUCCUGGUGAGCAGCGCUCCCGGUUCCUGGCUGUGGGACUGGUUGACAACACUGUCCGCAUCAUCUCCCUGGACCCUUCGGACUGCCUACAGCCACUGAGUAUGCAAGCCCUGCCCGCCCAGCCAGAGAGUCUGUGUAUAGUUGAGAUGGGAGGGGUCGAGAAACAGGACGAACUUGGAGAAAAGGGAACCAUCGGCUUCCUCUACCUCAACAUAGGGCUUCAGAACGGCGUGCUUCUGAGGACCGUGCUUGACCCAGUAACUGGUGAUCUGUCAGAUACCAGAACAAGAUAUCUGGGGUCACGACCUGUCAAACUCUUCAGAGUCAGGAUGCAGGGACAGGAAGCUGUGCUGGCAAUGUCCAGUCGCUCCUGGCUCAGCUACUCGUAUCAGUCUCGCUUCCAUCUGACGCCUCUGUCGUACGAGACUCUGGAGUAUGCCUCUGGUUUUGCCUCGGAGCAGUGCCCAGAAGGCAUAGUGGCCAUCUCCACCAACACACUGAGAAUCUUGGCUUUGGAGAAAUUAGGAGCUGUCUUCAACCAGGUGGCCUUUCCUCUGCAGUACACCCCGAGGAAAUUUGUGAUCCACCCAGAGACCAACAACCUCAUUUUGAUCGAGACCGACCACAAUGCAUACACCGAGGCCACCAAAGCCCAGAGAAAGCAACAGAUGGCUGAGGAGAUGGUGGAGGCUGCCGGUGAGGAUGAAAGAGAGCUGGCUGCCGAGAUGGCCGCAGCCUUUCUUAAUGAGAAUCUCCCAGAAGCUAUUUUCGGUGCACCUAAAGCUGGAGCGGGCCAGUGGGCCUCACUGGUGCGACUGGUCAACCCCAUUCAGGGUACAACGCUGGACCAGGUGCAGCUGGAGCAAAAUGAAGCAGCGUUUAGCGUUGCAGUGUGUCGUUUCACCAACGCAGGAGAUGAUUGGUACGUUUUGGUGGGUGUGGCCAGAGACAUGAUUCUCAACCCCAGAUCGACGGGCGGCGGCUUCAUCUACACCUAUCGGCUCACCAGUGGUGGGGAGAAGCUGGAGUUUGUGCACAAGACCCCAGUAGAGGAUGUACCUUUGGCCAUUGCUCCAUUCCAGGGACGUGCCAUGGUGGGAGUUGGGAAGCUGCUGAGAAUCUACGACAUGGGCAAGAAGAAACUGCUACGAAAGUGUGAGAACAAGCAUGUUCCCAACCUGGUGUCGGGGAUCUACACGAUCGGCCAGCGUGUGAUCGUGUCCGACGUUCAGGAGAGUCUGUUCUGGGUCCGUUACCGGCGCAAUGAGAACCAACUCAUCAUCUUCGCCGACGACACAUGUCCCCGCUGGGUGACGACAGCCUGUCUGCUGGACUACGACACCAUGGCCUCUGCUGACAAGUUCGGGAACAUCAGCAUUGUGCGUCUUCCCCCCAACACCAGCGAUGACGUGGAUGAGGACCCCACAGGGAACAAAGCUUUAUGGGACAGAGGUCUUCUUAACGGAGCAUCACAGAAGGCUGAGGUCAUAGUGAACUACCAUGUAGGAGAGACGGUGUUAUCUCUUCAGAAAACCACUCUGAUCCCUGGAGGUUCAGAGUCCCUGGUCUACACCACGCUGUCCGGAGGAAUCGGCAUAUUGGUCCCAUUCACUUCACAUGAGGACCACGACUUCUUCCAGCAUUUAGAGAUGCACAUGCGCUCCGAGUUCCCCCCACUGUGUGGCCGAGACCACCUCAGCUUUAGAUCCUACUACUUCCCCGUUAAGAAUGUGAUCGAUGGAGAUCUGUGCGAGCAGUUCAACAGCAUGGACCCUCACAAGCAGAAAAGCGUGGCCGAAGAGCUUGAUCGAACGCCACCCGAGGUCUCCAAGAAACUGGAGGACAUUCGCACUCGCUACGCCUUCUAACCACGCAGACAAUGCCUCACCAACACACACACACACACACACAGACACACAGACUCACAGACUCACACACUCCUCCUGUGCUACAGUCACCUCCUCCUUUUUAGUUUUUGAGACAUGGGUCUCUGGGCAUACACACACACACACACACACACACACACACACACACACACACAAACACACCUUAUCACAUAGAAACUUACAACAAGAAGCCACAUGCUUGUUGACUCUCUUGCAUUGCUCAAUUAUGUUGCAACCCACAUGCACUCUCCCUCGCUAACAAGAAAACCUGCAUUCAGAACUGUGUGUAAACAGUCACCCACAACGCUAGUGUGAAAAACAUUAACAUCAUCACCCCCACGGACCUGCUUAUUGACACAAUUGCUGAGAAAUUAGCGUCAAUUGUUCACCUUAUCCCCACCCUGUCACUGUCAGCCACAACCCCACACAUAUAUACAUACACAUAACAGGAACAUUAAGACAGCAUUACAUGGAAACAUGACGGUGGAUUUUCAGCCAUUAGCUUUUACAUUGUGAGUGUGCUGCAACAAUUACUUACAUUCACACACACAAAUGUGUGUGUGAAUAGUGAUGACUGUCAUUCACACACACACACAGAUAUACAGCUGUGCGUACACAAUCGACACAUACUGGAUUGUGUGAUCACAUUCAUCCUCACGCACAGUCCAUGCAGACUGAAUGCAAUUACCUGUCACGGGUGAGCAAGCAUACAUUUUUAUUUAAACUCAUGCCAAGAAGAAAAGUGUAGAAAAGUUUCCUAAUGACAUGUUCAGUAGACAUGUUUCAUACUGCCUGGACAGAAGAUGUGAAAACAGAAUAUUUUUAAUGUCUGUAAGCGGUGAUUUAGUAAAGGUGUAUUUUGUGUGUCCUAUCUUUAAUCUCAGCAGAAUGAACAGUGUGUUUUUGUAUGAUGUGAUUUAUUUUAAUGUUUUGUUUAGAGUUGUCAUAAUGAAUAUACCACAGUCUCUGAUGGUAUUAUUAAGUCUCUCUAAGCCUCCGGUCCUACCUGUCUUCAGUUACUAACACAUUGGCCCCCAGGCUCAUUAAAGCAUAUUGCUUUCUCGUAAACUGGGAGCCAAACAGAAGCCGACCUGUGACUCAGUCAGAGGCCACGGUUUGAUUCAAGAAUUGUUGCCAUACUUUGGCAUUAGACUACGGGUGAACUCAGACUAAAUAAGUGGGUGGAAGAAUACUGAAGGUUUGCACUGGGUGUUGUUCUUCUGAGUCCUGUAAAUUCCCAACCUCAGCCACAAGCUCAGACAUAGCAUUCCACUGUAGUCACUGAAUUUAGGGGCUUGUGGGAUCGGGGCAGUGGUCUUUUUUUGUAAAUAAAAUUGUUGUUUUUUUUUACUUUACAAUACCAUGUGUUUGUGUGUAAUUUCCUGGCACUGUGUGUAUAUAUCUAUCUAUCU